AUGAAUACCAACGACAAUAUCAAUGAUCAGUACAAACCUUUAAAGGUAUUGAUAGCGGGUGGUGGGAUUGGAGGCCUCUCAGCAGCGAUUUUUCUGCGGCAAGCAGGACACAUUGUGGAAAUUUUUGAACAGUCUCGCUUCGCAUCUGAAACUGGUGCAGCAAUACACAUUCCCAGCAAUGUGAAUGGUCUGUUAAGAAGAUUUGGCAUGAUACCAGAGGAUCAUGGCGCCAAUCAGACAGAGUGGGUAUCGGAGUAUCGACCAAGUGGGGAAUUGUUGAUACACCGAGUCGACCUUCAUAAUGCACUGAAGGAUAUUGCUACUUCUGAGACAGGCAAAGGAAUACCAGCAGUCCUGCACACUCGAAGCAGAGUUGCGUCUGUUGAUAUUGAAAUCCCUUCUCUAACGUUGGAUGAUGGAUCUACGCACACGGGUGAUUUCAUAAUCGCUGCGGAUGGCAUUCAUUCAAAGAUCAGAAGUUUACUGCUGAAGGAUCUUCCACCCCCAGAGCCAUCUGGAACCAAUGCUUUCAGAUUCUUAAUUCCAAUCGACAAGAUUCGAGUAGAUCCUAAGACAGCACAUUUCGUUGAGAAAUCUGGACAACUGCUUCUACUAUACGGAAAAGAUCGAAGGAUAGUUGCGUAUCCAUGUAGGAACAACACUUUGUUGAAUUUUGUGGCACUGCAUCCGGAAGAAGAAACGGAAGCUAGUUCGGAAGAGUGGAGUCAAAGCGCAUCCAAAGACUCCCUUUUGAAUUGUUACACUUCAUAUACAGAUGAUGUCCAAGCUCUACUAGCCAAGGCUUCCCCUGAAGACGUCAAACUAUGGAUGGCACUUCUUGGAGAUGCAGCUCAUGGAUUUCUUCCACAUCAAGGACAAGGUGGUGCUCAGGCAAUAGAAGAUAGCGCGGCAAUCGGCGCUCUAUUUCCAUUAGGUACUCGAUCUUCUGAUGUUCAGCAACGUUUGAAGCUUUACGUUGAAGCCAGAUAUGAUCGUGCUACACUCGUACAAGAUUUCACUCGCCAAGCUGCAUUUGAAACUCCUCGUGGAAAGCAUGGAGGAAAGGUUAUAGAUCCGAUGCAAUUCACGCAAAUCAAUCUAUCCCAUGAUGCUUACGAUCAUGCGCAUGGAAUCUUGAUUCGGCAUUUGAACAAAAACGCUUUGUAUCGGAGAAUGCCAAUGUCCUUUGGGCCUAGCCCAGGUCCAAGACAAGAUCUCAACGGGAUACAACGAAAACCCUUGAAGGCGACAUACAAAACAAGUUAUAUCACCUUUAAAACAUACAAAAGCUACCUAUUGACUCUUUUGCCAUCCGAUGAUUUCCAAAUUGGUACGGAGGGUAUGUGGGCAACUGCCUCGUUCUCUGUUACGCGCUUGGAGAAUUUAGAGUGGCUCGGAGGUCGGUGGUAUUCAAUGCUGGGGUUAUAUGUUCAUGAUAUCGUGCACAAGAGUUCCUCAGGGAGCGAUUCCGGUGAUUCGGUUGAAAUAAGAGGUGACUUUCUGCCAGUUCUCUUCGAAAAUAUGGCUGAUCCAAUCAUUACUGGCCGAGAGGAGUUAGGGUUCUCGAAGGUAUUCGCAAAAUUGGAUCAAAAAGCUAGCUCGGAAUCGUCGUUCGUAUUAAGCGCUGGUUGGGAAGGUAGCGAGUUUUGUCGCCUCACCUUGGAUGAUUUGGAGGAGGCUCCAGAUGCUGAGUCUGCUUUACAAAGUCCAGUUUUACACUAUAAGGCCAUUCCAUCAAGUAUGAAAAAGGGACAAGAUGCGGAGUACGCGACAAUCUAUCCUUCAAUACCGAAAGCUGAAGGAGAACAGAGAUGGAAAGCUGGGAAAGCUGAAAUCGUAUUCACAGAUCUGGAGCAUGGGGAACUGGACAUGACGUUCCCAACUCUGGCUAACAUAAUCAAGGGAUUGAGGGGCGUCAAAGUCGUGGAGAUCAUUAGAUCGGGAAUUCAAGCUUCAAAGUCUUGA